AGAAGGAACGCUGUGGACGGCUGUCAACUUGCCGCUGAGUGGAGGGGCUGGAGGGGAGUAGGAUGUCACUGCACGGUUUUCUCUCUGAGAGGAUAUAAUCUUCUGUUUGUGGGGCUGCAGAUCGCCAGUUUAAGACCACAAUGAACACCAACGACGCCAAGGAGUAUCUCUCCCGGAGGGAAAUACCACAGCUGUUUGAGAGUUUGCUGACAGGUUUGAUGUACUACCGUCCAGAUGAUCCUAUAGACUACCUGGAAUGCUGUUUGAAGAAGGUCAGGGAACUGGGAGGGACAGAAAAAGUCCGGUGGGACACCUUUGUGGGACAGGAGAAGAAGUCCUUGCCCCCACUCAAUGGUGGUCAAUCUCGACGGUCUUUUUUCAGAAACGUUUUGCCAGACAGUCCCAACUUCCCCUACCGAAGGUAUGACCGCCUUCCGCCCAUCCAUCAGUUCUCCAUAGAGAGUGACUCAGACCUGUCUGAAACAGCUGAGCUGAUCGAGGAGUACGAAGUUUUCGACCCCUCCAGACCACGGCCCAAAGUCAUCCUCAUCAUUGGUGGCCCAGGCAGCGGAAAAGGAACGCAAAGCCUGAAGAUUGCAGAGCGCUAUGGCUUUGAGUACGUCUCAGUAGGGGAACUACUAAGAAAAAAGAUGAUCCACAAUGCCACCAGCAACAGGAAAUGGAGUCUGAUCGCCAAGAUCAUCACUAAUGGGGAGCUGGCUCCACAGGAGACAACCAUCACUGAGAUCAAGCAGAAGAUCAUGAAGAUACCAGAUGCGAAUGGGAUAGUCAUAGACGGCUUCCCGCGGGAUGUGGGCCAGGCGCUUUCAUUUGAAGAUCAGAUUUGUACUCCAGAUCUGGUGGUCUUUCUUGCGUGUUCCAAUCAACGCCUAAAGGAGCGUCUAGAGAAGCGAGCAGAACAGCAGGGUCGCCCUGACGACAACCCCAAGGCAACAGAGCGACGGCUCGCCAACUUCAAGCAGAACGCUGUGCCACUGGUGAAAUACUUCCAGGAGAAGGGGCUAAUCGUCACACUUGAUGCCGAUCGAGACGAGGAAGAAGUUUUCUAUGACAUCAGCAUGACGGUUGACAACAAACUGUUCCCCACCAAAGAACCUGUUGCAGGUCCCAGUGAGCUGGAUCUGAGUCUGCUAGGAGACAACACUAGUGUGGCAGAUGUUCCCUGUAAAUUCGAAGAGCAGGCAGCUGAAGAAGUGGGAUUCACAGAGCAGAGUGAAGAAAGUUUUUCCGUGGAGAAGAAGAAACCAAAGGUCAUCUUUGUGAUUGGUGGUCCCGGCUCAGGGAAGGCCCUGCAGUGUGAGAAGAUCGAGGAGCAGUACGGAUUAAAGCGCCUGUGUCCCGGAGACAUCCUGUGCAGUGAGCUGCAGUCCCACAGUGAGAGGGGACGCUUCUUCAGAGACGUCCUCGAGAGGGGAGAACAGCUUCCUGAGGAUACACUGUUGGAUCUCCUGUGCGAGUCUAUGGAGUCUACAGUGCGGCAUGGAAAAGGCUUCCUGGUCAGCGGAUUCCCACGGGACCUGAGGCAGGCAGAGGAGUACGAGGCCAAGAUGGGAAAGCCAUGCGUGGUUCUGCUAUUGGAGUGCUGUUCAGACACUAUGAGCCGACGUCUUCAGCAGAGGACCUGCUCCAGCCUGCGCUCGAGAGAGGCACGGGACAGAGACGCCCACCGCAGAGUCGACAGCUUCUGCAGCACCAUCACACCCGUCAUCCAUCACUAUGAACACAAAGGCGUCCUGCACAAGAUUGAUGCGGAACAGCCCCCUGACGAGGUGUUUGAACAGAUCUGCCUGGCCCUGGACUCUUGCUAAGGACUGGAACCACACAACUGCCCCCUGCUGGAUCAAUCCAUCAUUAUACAGACAUCAUUACAGAUCACACACACACACACUUAACACACACACCACACCAGCCAUCGUCCACUGCCAUCCAGAGCCGUCUGCAAAGGCAGGACGGGGACACCUGCCAGCAGCUUGUGACUUCUCUCAAUGUGUGCCACUCUUCUUCCCUGCUGUACAUAGCAGCUCAACAAAGACCGCCUGCAGAGACACGUACCACACACACACAUAUGCACAAACACACACACACCUGCCUGCUUGUUGUUUAAAGAACACACUCGCCUCGCUUCAACAAAGUGCUUCAGCUCCAUCCAGUGUGGAGACUCAUCCUACUGUUCUGCUGAUCUCUGACUGCACGGCCCCAACCCAGCGCUGCAUUUACAUUAUAGCUGAGCAGAGGUUCUCAUUGUUUUUACUUUCUAUUAAUAUUGUUUUAUGGAGACAGGUGGCAGGCGGGCAGAGAGACAGGCAGGCAGGGAGACAGGAAGGACAGUGCAAAUAAUUGGGAACAUCUGGGAAUAUCUGAAAGAUGCAGAGAGUCAAGAAAUCUCCUAAAAUAAAAAAACUAAAUAAUUGUUCAAACAGUGGAAAUGGUAGUAAGAGCUUGAAAAAUUUUUGCCAUUUUUUUUUUACAUUACAGAGUAACAUGCCACAAGUCAUGGGAUAGCAGGGUGUAUGAUUUCAUACGCUGUCAUUAGGAGUCUUGCCCAAGGACUCUUAGGCUACGUUCCCAUGACACGCCACAUUGCUUAAAUCCGGAUUUGGCCAUCUUGAUGGCCAACUUGAUGGUAGACUCAUAUGUGGAGCAUCUUUUGCUGGAGUGGAGAGUAAACAGCUGCUCUGAAGUUCAUGCUCAGGUCGAGGAGGUGAAAAAAGGCCAGGCUUUGGUUUGCUUUUGCUGUUUUUGCAGCUACAGCUGCACCAAGAGAUGUGUGGGUACGAGAGAGAAGCACGUACAUUCUGAUUUUAUCUUUUACAUUCAUGUUAUAUGUCCAUGGAUUGGAUACGUAUCCAAUUUAGGUCCACAUAUGAAAGUGACUCAGAUCUGAUUUGAAAAAAGGUUUGGCACGUUCACACAGCCAUGAAAAAAUCAGAUCUGAGCUACCUUGAGCAAAAAAAAAAAAAAAAUCAGAUUUAAGUCACUUCAGCCUGGUAAUGUGAACAUAGCCAUUAUUGGUGUAGCACAGCAUAGUCACUCAGACCUGGAAUUGAACCCCAGCCUCCCACGCAAUGUGGUAGCUCACUGGCAGGCAGUGGUGUUAUCCACUGCACCACACCAAAGUAGGCUAAUAUUACCACCCACAGUGUACUGUAAUGAUCCUGACCAAUGGCAUCAGACUAAAACUGCCUGGGCAGACAAGCAAGUGUCCACAAGUAAUGCAUGAGACGUGCCCACAGGCAUACACACAUACAUCCAAUAGAUCUUUAGCUUCCAUAGAAUGUGGGAAGUCCCAUGACUUGUGGCAUGUCAGUAACCAGACAAUUUAUACUGAAAGGCUUUUAUCAUGCUGGUUGUGUAUUUGUACAUUAUCAUGUAUGAAAGUCAUAGAAAACCUGUAAGAAGAGAAGCAGCGCAAGCAGAUGGCCACCGCCUGUCACGCCUCCCCACGCAUCUUAGUGCACUAACGCAUGCCAGAAUAGCAGUACGAUCAAUAUGCCAAACGCUUUUGUGUAUUUACUGAAAAGACAGGAAAAAGGUCAAAACCAGGCUUUACUGUAUUUACUGUCGCCGGACUACAGCGUCGAGGAACGGGUAAGUUUAUUAAAGUGUGUUUGUUUAAACUUUUGGAUGAAGUAAAACAGUUUCAUAUGGAUCUGGUUUUACAAGCGAUUUGAAGAUGAAGGAAUAUUUGACUGUACAUAACGGACUGAUGCAAAAGAAAGAUGAAUGAUGUAUGUAAGCGAUGAUUCUCAAUAAAUAAACGUUACCUUGGUCCUUUUGCAUGUA